AUGGACUUGCUCAUCAUACUCUUGGAAGACAUCAUGGACUUGCUCUUCAUGCUUUUGGAGGACAUUAUGCUUUUGCUCAUCAUGCUUUUGCUCAUCUUGCUCAUCAUGCUUUUGCUCCUCAUGCUUUUGGAAGACAUUAUGCUCUUGCUCAUCAUGCUUUUGCUCAUCAUGCUCUUGCUCAUCAUGGACUUGCUCAUCAUGGACUUUGACAUUCCCAUGCUUUUGGAGGACAUCAUGGACUUUGUGGAACUACUACUCAGCUUCCGUGGAGGGAGCUUGCUCCCCAUGGUCAAGCAUGCCACAAGGGCUACCUGA